AUGAGCGAACUAUCAUCUCCGCCUCAUUCGAGGCUUACCACUAUCCUUGUGGACAAUCUACACUGUCCAUCCUGUGUUGCAAAUGUGCAAGAAACUCUGUCCACACUCAGACCUGCCCCUUUCUCCGUCACAACCUCCGUUAUCCUUCAUGAAAUUAAGGUUAUCCAUCCAAUCACUUUGAAUGCCUCUCGCAUCGCGCGUGCCCUCACGGAUGCUGGCUUCGAGCUAGACACCGUCUUGCCGUCAGUAUCCCACGACGACGACGUCGAAGCCCAAGACUACACCUCUGGAUCGACCUCUAAAAGCGGCCGCACCCAUUAUGAUGUCCAUUCCCAAUCAGAAAAGCAUAUCAGUCAAUGUGACGCUUGCAAAGCCCAGCUGACAGCCCUGAAACCGGCGGAGAAGGAGCUGCCGCCCAUAAGCAAAUCGACUCCCACGCGGUCUAGCGACGAUACAUUGACCUCUGUCAUGGACCAUCAUCUUACCGGGAGGAAGUAUCGCAUCUCCCUGGCAAUCAGUGGUAUGUCGUGCAGUUCCUGUGUGGGCAAAAUCACCGGCGCAUUACAAGGCCGACCGUGGAUCCUGUCGAUGGAUGUGAACCUCUUGACUAGUAGCGCAGUCGUGGUCCUCUCUGACCGCGCGCACGUGGACGAAAUACUUGAGACCAUUAUAGGAUCUGGGUACGAAGUAGAGGUGGUGGACACCGAGGAGAUUCGACCCCAAAGACCCGCUCCACGAUCUGCACCGGUGGUCGACGCCUGGCGCGCAUCUUAUAUCAUUGAGGGCAUGAGUUGUAGCUCUUGCGUUGGCAAGGUCACCGACACGCUGAACCAAUAUGAAUGGAUCACCAAGGCCGAUGUCAAUCUUGUGUCGGGUAGUGCUGCAGUCGAGUAUCUUGGCAAAGACCAUCUGGAAGAGAUUGCCAAAAUCAUCGGCGAGCUGGGCUACACGGCCACCCUGAGUGAUGUCGAGAGUCAGGUCUCAUCCAACUCGCCAAUUUCAGAACGCGAGAUCCAGAUUCAGGUGGAUGGCAUGCACUGCGAUAAUUGUCCCCAACGAAUUGUCGACGCCUUGACCAGCGCGUACGGCGACAAGUUCGAGUUGUUAGAGCCGCCUACCUCCCGACAGUCCCGACUCAAGAUACAGUAUGUUCCCGAAAUACCAAAGCGGACAAUUCGCGACAUCAUACGGACCAUCGCCGACGUGGACAAGGCCUUCACGGUGUCAGUGUAUCACCCGCCCACUUUGGAGGAACGUUCACAGGCCAUGCAUCGUCGAAACCAGUGGUCCAUUGCCAGACGCCUAAUCCUUGCUGUGUUGACCGCGAUUCCAACCUUCAUCAUUGGUAUCGUCUAUAUGUCAUUGGUUCCUCAUGAUAGCCCAGGUAAGAAAUACCUGAAUGAGCCGAUGUGGACUGGGCAGACAACACGAAUGGAAUGGGCUCUUUUCAUCAUGGCGACCCCAGUCUACUUCUACUCCGCCGGGCUCUUCCACCGCAAGAUGAUACAUGAGCUCGUGGCCCUCUGGCGACCUGGAAGUAAAACACCGAUUCUCCGCCGAUUCCUUCGCUUCGGAAGCAUGGAUAUGCUCAUGUCCCUGGGUACCUCAAUUGCAUACUUCGCUUCGAUCGCCGUUCUCGCCGUCAAUGCUACCCAACCAGCCGACAUGGAAAUAAUGCACCAUACUGAAAGCUUUUUUGACUCGGUCGUAUUCCUGACGAUGUUCUUGAUGGUUGGUCGCUUACUUGAAGCCUACAGCAAGGCAAAGGCCGGUGACGCAGUCGGCUUGCUCGGCAAACUACGACCCACGGAAGCAGUUCUUAUCACACCGUCACAUGGAGACCAGGCAGAGACCACGUCUACUGUUCCGAUCGACCAGCUAGAAUUUGGCGAUCUGGUUCGAGUUGCCAACGGUGUCUCCCCGCCAUACGAUGGAACCAUUAUCACUGGAGCGUCCCGCUUUGAUGAAUCGAGUCUGACUGGCGAAUCUCUUCCCGUAGAGAAGUCGAUAGGCGAUGAAGUCUUCUCUGGAACCAUCAAUCAAGCCGAUCCCGUCACGAUCAGGAUCACUCGUCUCUCUGGUGACUCGAUGCUGGACCAAGUCAUCGGCGCCGUGCGAGAGGGCCAAAUUCGACGAGCCCCGAUUGAGCGGACUGCAGACCUGCUCACAAGCUAUUUUGUUCCCGUCGUGACGUUGAUUGCCGUUGCAGAUUGGUUGAUUUGGUUGGCUCUCGGUCUCUCAGGCCGCUUGCCAGAAGCGUGGCAGAAUGGUCCUGGAGGGUGGGAGUUCUGGUCAUUGCAGUUUGCCAUCUCCGUCUUUGUCGUUGCCUGUCCGUGUGGAAUUGGACUUGCCGCCCCGACAGCUCUGUUUGUGGGCGGUGGAUUGGCUGCCCAGCACGGCAUUCUUGUCAAAGGUGGUGGUGAAGCAUUUCAGGAAGCCAGCCAGCUUGAUUGCGUUGUCUUCGACAAAACUGGGACGAUCACUGAGGGAGGAGAGCCGUCGAUCACUAACCACGAGGUUUUCCAUGAGGGCAGCAAUAUUGCUGACGUCUACGGUGCGGUCUUGGAGCUUGAGCAGAGUAGCAGCCAUCCUAUCGCCAAGGCUAUGGUCGCUUUCGCCGCCAUACAGCAGCCUUCCACUCUCAAGACCAUCUCGGCAAACGAAAUCCCAGGCAAAGGACUCAAGGGUCUUUUCACGCUUUCCGACCAGGAUUCCAACAUCGGCCUCGAAGUGAUCAUUGGCAAUGAGGCCCUGAUGCAGGAUCACAAUAUUGUCCUCUCGUCAACUAAUCUUGAGACACUCAUGACAUGGAAACAUGAGGCCAAAUCGGUCGUGUUGGUUGGUACCCGUGCAGCUUCGACUGCCAACGCCCCCAUCCCCUGGAAGUUGUCGAUCAUGCUGGCUGUCGCCGACCCAGUACGGCCAGAAUCCAAGGGCGUUCUCCAGGCUCUUCGCGAUCGGGGUGUCGACGUUUGGAUGAUCUCCGGAGACAAUCCUACAACUGCAAACGCGGUUGGCCAGAUCGUUGGAAUUUCGUCGGACAAUAUCAUCGCAGGUGUCCUCCCAGAGCAGAAAGCAGAGAAAGUGCGAUACCUGCAACGUAUCCUACAAAAGCCGGCCCGUUCUGGUUGGUUCGGCAGCCAGACAGCCCCAAGCACAAAACGAGCAAUUGUGGCCAUGGUCGGCGACGGUAUCAAUGAUUCUCCCGCGCUCACAGCUGCCGACGUUGGCAUCGCCAUUGGAUCCGGCUCGGACAUUGCCAUCUCUGCGGCUGAAUUUGUGCUCGUCUCCUCUGGUCUGACGUCGCUCCUAACUCUGAUCGAUCUCAGUCGCGUGGUGUUCCGUCGGAUCAAAUUCAAUUUUGGCUGGGCGUUGAUCUAUAACUGUAUUGCCGUGCCUGUGGCUGCCGGUGUCUUCUAUCCCAUUGUGAGCAACGGAAAGCAUGUUCGUUUGGACCCGGUGUGGGCGAGUCUUGCCAUGGCUUUGAGCAGUGUUAGCGUCAUUUGCAGCAGUCUCCUCAUGAGAACCCGGUUGCCUUUAGUCGGCUUUCGGAGCAAGAAAUCGAAUUAG